CCUCGGCGAAAGGGUGUGCGUUUUGAAAGGUUGUAUUUAUCUCACUAACGUCACAUUUACAGGAGUACAUUGGCGGAGUGAUAACAUCAGAAGUCACUGUCGGAGCCACCCAUCCUCAUACUGACUGAGUUCAAAGAAGGUCUUGUUCUGUCCGGGACAGGGUACGGCGGCAUACACCCGAUGCAUGGAAUGGAGUUCAUAUAUCUCGGAUCACCCACAAAUGCAACGUGACAGUUCUAAACGUUUAAUUCAAGGUCAAUAUUGGACUUCGAUCAGCUGUAACCGCGGACAUUAUUGAGGAUAUUUAUCUUCUUGUGGAACCGGAAUUGUAUGAGCACCCGGUCGGCGGUGAGCAAUGACAUCUUUCACCGAAGAGGUUAACCUACGCUCCCAGUAUCUAAAACAACAUUUCGGACCAAGUGUUCAAUUAAAAAAUGUGCUAUUUAGGAGAGGAUAUGUAACUAGCUAACUAACAGCACUGUAGCAGUGUCUUGAGCUCUCCAGGUCCGGUGUACCUUCGACGUUUCCCGAUUUCACGAAAGGUGUUAGCCAGCUUGCCACAGUACCUGGAACUGCUGCAUCCAUCUCAAAUAGCUUACUAAAGUUUCCUAGCUAGCCAGCCAAUUGUAGAACAUGGAUAUUUUGUGGGUCCUUUGGAAAACCACUUGCUAGUGAGGAAAGUGUGUUCAUUACACGCACACACACCCUAAAUUCUUAAAAAAACAAAACGAAUUUCAACAUGUCUGUUCGCGUAGUUUUACACUCACCCAGUGGCUCCAGAAGUUUUCUGGAGCGGGGACUCCUACUUCUGGUGAUGUUGAUCUUUCUGGAGGGCACCGUACUGACGCUUGGAGCUGCAAGCUCACCUGACAUCAGCGCGCAGGACAACGCUGGCGGACACGACCACCUCGGCGACCACGGAGGGACAGCAGGCAGCCACGAGCAUACUAACUACACAUACACAAAAAAGGCCUUCCCUGUCCUGUCUCUAGAUUACCAUCACAUACAGGUGCCUUUCGAGAUCUCUUUAUGGGUGCUGCUGGCCUCUUUAAUGAAAUUAGGGUUCCACCUGAUCCCGCGGCUGUCCAGCAUCGUGCCCGAGUCCUGUCUGCUCAUUGUGGUGGGCCUCCUGGUCGGCGGCCUCAUCAAGCUGGCGGGCGAGGAGGUACCCCCCGUGCUGGACUCCAACCUCUUCUUCCUGUGCCUCCUCCCCCCGAUCAUCCUGGAUGCGGGCUACUUCCUGCCCAUCCGGCCGUUCAUGGAGAACAUCGGCACCAUCCUGAUGUUCGCCGUGGUCGGCACCCUGUGGAACGCCUUCUUCGUAGGGGGUCUCCUCUACGCCGUGUGCCAGAUCGAGGGCACAUACCUGAGCCAGGUGGAGCUGCUGCCCUGCCUGCUGUUCGGGAGCAUUAUCUCGGCCGUGGACCCGGUGGCCGUGCUGGCCGUGUUUGAGGAGAUCCACAUCAACGAGCUGCUGCACAUUCUGGUAUUCGGAGAGUCACUGCUCAAUGAUGCCGUCACUGUGGUCUUAUACCACCUGUUUGAGGAGUACUCCGGCGCAGGUGAGGUAACGCCGAUGGACGUGGUCCUCGGGGUCAUCUGCUUCCUGAUUGUGUCGCUGGGCGGCAUCGCCGUGGGCGCCAUCUACGGUAUCCUGGCGGCCUUCACCUCCCGGUUCACCUCGCACACCCGCGUCAUCGAGCCCCUCUUCAUGUUCGUUUACAGCUACAUGGCUUACCUCUCGGCGGAGAUGUUCCACCUGUCUGGAAUUAUGGCGCUGAUUGCGUGUGGCGCGGUGAUGCGUCCCUACGUGGAGGCCAACAUAUCCCACAAGUCCCACACCACCGUCAAGUACUUCCUGAAGAUGUGGAGCAGCGUGAGCGAGACCCUCAUCUUCAUCUUCCUGGGCGUGGCCACGGUGGCCGGGCCGCACGCCUGGAACUGGACCUUUGUCUCCGUCACCGUCAUCCUUUGUCUGGUGUCACGUGUCAUUGGUGUGGUGGGCCUUACCUUUAUCAUCAACAAGUUCCGCAUCGUCAAGCUGACCACCAAGGACCAGUUCAUUGUGGCCUACGGUGGCCUGCGAGGGGCCAUCGCCUUCUCCCUGGGCUACCUGCUAGACAAGGACCUCUUCCCCAUGAGGACCAUGUUCCUCACCGCCAUCAUUACCGAAAUCUUCUUCACCGUGUUUGUACAGGUGGGUACUGGGCCAGUCCAUUAGUCUGGUCCCAGAUCU